UUGAAUUAUUUAAUGACAUUUGUCACAGCCUUGACAAAAGACUAAUUUUAUAUUAGGAUAGGUAUCGUAGCAACGUGAAAUUUAAAUUAAUUACAAAAUACACUUUGUGAUUUAGGUUAAAUAAGAAGUGUAAUUAAUAAGAAUUAAUUAUGACAACAAUACGUCCUUUUACAUGUGAAGACAUGCUAUACUUUAACAACGUAAAUUUGGAUCCGUUGACAGAGACCUAUGGUUUGUCUUUUUACACACAAUAUUUAGCGCACUGGCCGGAGUACUUUCAGGUUGCCGAAUCUCCGAGUGGAGAAAUUAUGGGAUACAUUAUGGGAAAAGCAGAGGGUCAUGGUGAAAAUUGGCAUGGCCAUGUUACAGCAUUAACUGUUAGCCCAGACUACAGGCGUUUGGGUCUGGCUGCAACCUUAAUGAACAUUUUGGAAGAAGUGUCCGAAAAAAAAAAGGCAUACUUUGUUGACUUAUUUGUGAGAGUUAGCAAUAAAGUGGCAAUUAAUAUGUAUAAAAAUCUUGGAUAUAUUGUGUAUAGGACUGUUUUAGAAUAUUACUCAGGAGAUCCCGAUGAAGAUGCUUAUGAUAUGAGAAAAGCAUGCUCGAGGGAUAUAAGUAAGAAAUCAGUGAUACCACUUGCCCAUCCAGUUAGACCUGAAGAUGUCGAUUAAAAUAUUCAACUAAGUAUGGUUUUCAUUUUGCCUUUCCUUAUAAAUUUUGUAAGGAUAUAUUUUAUUAUGUACUAUAUGUAAUGUGCACAGAAAUUGUUUUGUAAUAAUAAUAAUUGGUAUAAAAUAAAAUCCAAAAUAUUCUGGAAAUAUCA